AGAGGUUACAAAACAGAGAAAAACAGGUCAAAGAAGAAGAAGGGGAUAACAAUGGUGAUGCUUGGGAUUGUGGUAAUAAUGGUAUGCAUCUGCUCCGCUUUGCUUCGAUGGAACGAGAUGCGAUACGCCAAGAAAGGCCUCCCUCCAGGCACAAUGGGAUGGCCUCUCUUCGGCGAAACCACGGAGUUCCUCAAGCAAGGCCCUGACUUCAUGAAAAUCCACCGAGCCCGAUUCGGGAGUUUCUUCAAGUCUCACAUAUUGGGGUGCCCAACGAUUGUGUCGAUGGACGCAGAGCUUAACAGAUACAUUCUGAUGAACGAAUCCAAAGGGCUUGUCGCUGGCUAUCCACAGUCGAUGCUCGACAUCCUCGGAAAAGGCAACAUAGCCGCGGUCCAUGGCUCCCGCCCCAUUAGACGCUCGCUGUUGGCUCUGAUUAGCCCAACGAUGAUCAGAGACCAUCUCUUGCCCAAGACGGAUUGCUUCAUGAGAAGCUAUCUCAGUCACUGGGAUGAAUCUAAGGUCGUUGAUAUUCAGGACAAGACCAAACAUAUGGCGUUCUUGUCUUCAUUGUCGCAAAUCGCAGAUACAUUAAGCAAACCAGUGGUUGAAGAGUUCACGAGCGAGUUCUUCAAGCUCGUUCUCGGAACUCUAUCUGUUCCGAUCAAUCUCCCGGGCUCGAAUUACCGCUGCGGAAUUCAGGCAAGAAAGAACAUAGAUCGACUUCUGAAGGAACUGAUGCAAGAGAGGAGAGCUUCAGGGGAAACUUUCACCGACAUUCUUGGUUACUUGAUGAAGGAGGAAGAUAACCGAUACCCGUUAUCCGACGAAGAGAUAAGAGAUCAAGUCAUAACGAUUCUGUAUUCGGGCUAUGAGACUGUCUCCACGACCUCCAUGAUGGCUCUUAAGUACCUUCAUGAUCAUCCAGAGGCUCUUGAAGAAAUCAGAAGAGAGCACUUUGCUAUUAGGGAAAGGAAAGGCCCUGAGGAACCACUUGAUCUUGAAGAUGUGAAAACGAUGAAAUUCACUCGUGCGGUAAUCUUUGAGACAUCGAGAUUGGCAACCGUUGUUAAUGGUGUCCUUAGGAAGACAACCCAUGACUUGGAACUCAAUGGAUACGUAAUUCCAAAAGGGUGGAGAAUAUACGUAUACACGAGGGAGCUAAACUAUGAUUCUUGUCUGUAUCAAGAUCCACAUACCUUCAACCCGUGGAGAUGGAUGGACAAGAACAUGGAAUCACAAAACUACUUCCUUCUGUUCGGUGGGGGGACGAGGCUUUGUCCCGGCAAGGAACUAGGCAUCGUCGAAAUCUCUUCUUUCCUUCACCACUUCUUAACCAGAUACAGGUGGGACGAGGUCGGAGGAGAGAAACUGGUGGUGUUUCCAAGAGUUUUUGCACCGAAAGGAUUCCACCUUAGGGUUUCUGCAUACUGACUCGGCCAAAUCUUAGAGACGAUAGAUACGUACAGAGAGAGAGAGAGAGAGAGAGAGGAAACCCAUAAAUGCGAGAUUAUAAAUUUCUGAGUAGAUUUGUCAGAAUUCAUGGAGUGGUUAAAUGAAGAUACAUAUGAGCUCCUGUCUGUCUGUUUGUAUAGAUUUUUGUGCUCAUCUGUAUAGAUCUAUGAGCAGUCUUCUUGGGAGAUUAAUUAAAGGUUCCUUUUUUUUU